AUGGAUCAAUCGUCGAAAUAUGCAAAUGAAGAAAUUGAAUUGGGUAUACAAGACUGGUGCAAAGAAUUCAAUCGAGUAUGGAUACGAAGUGAUUGGAUAUUUUCCAUGUUACGUUCAACAGAAGAUUAUUAUAAACAACCAAUUAAGCUUCGAUUACCAUUGAUAUUUUAUCUAGGUCAUCUACCAUGUUUUAGUUGGGCACAAUUUCGUCAUUUAAAUGAUGUUAAUGGUAUCAUUAAUAAAACAUUCGAUGAUCUCUUUUUACGUGAUAUCAAUCCAGAUGUUGAAACAAAUAUUGUUAAACAUAGUCAUUCGACUGAAUUCUCGACUGAUACCAACGUCGAAGAAGAAUAUUGGAGAUCAUUUACUGUUCAAAGUGUAAUUGAUUACAAGAAUAAUGUUCGAGUAAAAUUGAUCGAUAUUUUGACAAAUAGUCAUUUGGAUUUGAAAGAUAUAAAAACAUUAAAUGUACUCAAUAUCAGUGCAGAACAUGAAAUGUUAUAUCAAGAAACAUUAAUGUAUUUAUUUAUGCAUUUACCAAUAGAAUCACUUCGAUGGAAUUUUAUUCAUGAGCAUGAUUUUCUUCAACAUAAUAUUAUUUCUUCAUUACCAAGUAAUACAUGGAUAAUGUUUCCAGGUGGACAAACAUCGCUCGGUAAACCAUAUAAUGAUGACGUAUCAACAUUCAGUUUUGGUUGGGAUAAUGAAUUUCCACGUGAAUUUGUUUAUUUACCAGUUUUCGAAAUGCAAUCACAUCCGAUUCGUAAUGGAGAUUUUCUUCAAUUUAUUCUUGACAAUGGUUAUACAACAAGUGAUUGGUGGGAUGAAAAUGUCUUUACUUGGAUAAUAAAAUCGAAUAUUCGUUCUCCUUCAACGUGGAUAAUACAUGAAAAUUCUUAUCAAGUGAAUUUCGUAUUACAACGUAAUAUUCCAAUUGAAUGUGUACUUGAUCAUCCUGUUCUUGUAAGUCAAGUAGAAGCAAAAGCUUAUUGUCAAUGGAUAUCGAAGAAAACUGGUGAGCAAAUUGAAUUGCCAACUGAAGCCGAAUGGAUUUAUGCGUUAUGGGAUUCAUCAAAUUGUAUACGUUUGGCUCUGAAAGAAAAUAAUUGUAAUAUUGAUUUUCAUCAUCUUCAUACGAUACAAGUUUCUUCCAACAACAAUGAAAAAUUACAAUGGCAAGGAUCAGCAUUUGAAUGGACAUCAAGUGUUUUUCGACCAUUUUCAGGUUAUCAAGGCCCUUUAUCUACAUAUCCUCGAUAUUCUGCUGACUUUUUCGAUAAUUGUCAUUUUGUUCUUUUGGGUGGAUCAUUUGCUACUGAUUCAACAUUUAUACGAAGAACAUUUCGUAAUUGGUAUCAAGAUACAUAUCGAUAUGUAUUUGCUACAUUUCGAUGUGUAAAACGUGUUAGUCAUACUGAUGAUAAACUUACACAAAUUGAUCGUGAUGCUAUUGUUGCUUCAUUAAGUAAUACAGAACAUCGUAAAAUUUCUUCAAAAUAUUUUUAUGAUGCUCAAGGUUCAGCAAUUUAUACAAAAAUAACUCAAUUAGAUGAAUAUUAUCCAUUUAGACAAGAAUUAAAACUUUUAUGUCAAAAAGCAAAUGAUAUUAAAUCAACAAUUAUUCAUCAUUCUAAUUUUCAAAAUCAUUCAUCAUCAACAAUACAUUUUAUUGAACUUGGUUGUGGUGAUGGAAAAAAAGUUGAAGCAUGGUUAACACCAUGGAUUAACUCAACUGAUAAUAUAUCAAUAGAAUAUCAUCCUGUGGAUAUAUCUCAACAUGCUAUCGAUUCUCUUGUUCAACUUCUUAAACAGACUUUCAAUGAAAAUAUUAUUGAACAAUGUGUCAAACCUUUAUGUUCAACAUUUGAGAAUAUGUAUGAAAAAAUAAAUACUAAUAUCAUGGGAAUCAAAGCAGUCAUUUUAAUGGGCAGUACAAUUGGUAAUUUUUCAUCUUAUGAUGAAAAAAAUGUGAAAUAUGGUGAAGAUGCACCUGUCAUACAAUUACUUAGAUCAAUUCGACAAAAUUUAAAUGUUGGUGAUUGGUUUAUAUGUGCAUUUGAUAUGUGUAAAGAUACAACAACAAUGAUUCGAGCUUAUAGUGAUUCAAAAGGUGUUACUACUGCAUUCAAUAUGAAUCUUCUUUCUCGUCUCAAUCGUGAACUAAACUUCAAUUUCAAUUUGAAUAAUUAUCAACAUUAUGCAUUAUACAAUCCAUUACGUCGACAAAUGGAAAGUUGGUUAAUUUGUCUUAAUCAUGAAACAAUUACUGAUCAUCAAGGUUUUACUAUGCAAUUGCAACCAUAUAAUGCUAUACAAACAGAAUUAUCUACUAAAUACACAAGAGAAGAUAUUGAACUGUUGAUGGAAAAAAAUUCCAUGAAAAUUAUCGAAUUUUUUAAUAGUGAUGAUCAUCGAUUUCCAUAUUGUUUAUGUUUGGCACAAAUAAUAUAA